AUGCUCAUCGAAGUGGAACAUCUGGACUCUAAGAUACUGACGCUGAAGGUAGAUAAUGAGAUUUCAGUAGAAAACUUGAAAAAAGCCAUCAGCCAGAGUAUACACAUACCCACAUCAUACUUGACCUUGGCAAGUAACGGUGCUUUACUGGAGGAUGGUUUUCGGUUCUCUCCAGGCCAUUCAGAUGACACGUGCAAGGUCCUCUUAUUCCUGCGAAGAGGAGAAAAAAUUAAGACAAAUUUAGAGGUUGACUUCGGACACGGGAGGGUUGUGCUCAUCGCGGCCUGCAUGAAUUGGAAAGUGAGUGAAUUAAAACAAGUCUUGCAGAAUGCGAUUGGGGGAGAGCCCUUUGACAAAAAGGUCUUUACGUUUGCUCGAUACAUUCUGGAGGACGACAGAACUCUUGAGGAAUACAAACUGAAGGAAGGCUCUCGGAUUACGGUUUUCAGUUACCUCGAACCUCAACCUACCUCUGAAGUGGAUAAAGAUGCUUCGAUAAUCAGGAACGGAGUAGAACCCCAACUUUCACCAAAGUCCGAUUCAAAACCUUCCAAGCCGUCUGACGUCCCUCAAAAAUCAGUGUCAACAGAAAACUUUCCUCAAUAUAAACUCUCCGAAGAACCAGUUCAAACUAUUAACAAGCAGUCAUCGGUUUCUCCGCCACACUCAUCACCCCAAUCAAGGAAGUCUUACUUACCAAUGAGAACAGAGGAGACAAACUCCACCCUUCAAGUGGCGCCUGUGUCACCAUCAACAGCUGAACAAAGUCCGCCGUGGGCUAUACCAGUAAAUCGCACCGUCAGCCAAUCGCCAAAAGACCCUAACACCUCGCCAAUCACCUCAGAGCCCCAAACACUCAGGUCGGCUUUCAAUGAGCCCAAAACAAUCACAAUACCUGGAGGGUUUCGCCAAAGCCGUCAGAGAUCGGGAUUCGCGAAACAAUUAUCAACGCCAUUACCGUCCACCAAUAAUGAUAAAAUGAGCAUUAACUUUACGGACGGGCGAAGAGUUAUAACUUUGGAACUUCAGGCGUCUGCGACGGUUUCUGAGGGUUUGGAGGCCUUGGAAGCGAAACUUCCGGCGAGUGACAAGAACCAGAUUUAUUUGUUCAAGGGUGCUGUUCAAAUGGACGGACGUCAUCCUCUGAAACACUAUGGAAUUGUGCAUGGAACUACAGUAUCCGAGGUGCUCUACUGGGAGUUGGUGCGUGGCGGAGGUGGGCUCAUGCGCGUGGGGCGUGCCCCGUGUCCUGAAAGCGACUCGCUGACCCCCUGGCGCGACGACGUGGGGCGCGGUGUGGAGGAAUGGGGGUGGGACAACUGGGUGGCCGGGAUGAGGCGCGCCACGGAAUGUUUACAGAUGGGUGCACUCUGA